AUGCCCACUCGACCCGUCGCCGACGAUAUCGCCGACUGCGUCCUCGCAGCCUUCGGUCGUCUGCCGAAUAAAUUCAAGCCACGCAUUCUCGCUGAUGGGAAGAGGCGGGAAUGGGUGCCGUUGGCGGGAAUGGUGCUGAGUCGAGACGCGAAGCAGCAUUCCGAUGAUUCCGGCGUUGCUGAUGAUGAUCACCAUGGGCCAAGCAUGAUUCCGACCGCUGUCCAAGACAAACCCAACAGCAGCAGCGGUACUGCGUUGACCUGCGUGGCGCUCGCCACAGGCAUGAAAUGUCUCCCCCAUGACAAACUCCCCCUGGCGAAGGGAAAUGUCCUGCAUGACUGCCAUGCGGAAAUCCUGGCGAUGAGAGCGUUCAAUCGAUGGUUGGUGGACGAAUGUGCGAAUCUUGCCGAAGAGGGUGGUGAGAGUUUGUGGGUUCGACGACGGAGUCGAGGACGGCAGAGACGUGGUGCGGAUCGCCCCACUGGCGAAUGUGAUGAGAUCGACGAUGGCGCCGUUGAUGAAUCAGGGGAGGAGGAUGAAGCAGAGCGGCGACCCUUUGAGUUGCGAGAAGACGUCCGGAUUCACAUGUACUGCUCAGAAGCGCCCUGUGGCGAUGCGAGCAUGGAAGUUCUCGCACGCGGCAUGGCAGAUGGCACGCCAUGGGAUACGACGACGAGUGCAUCGGGUCCUCCGAGUUCAAGGGACGAGAAAACCGCGACUGAAAAUAGCCCCAAUGAGCAAAGACUUGAAGAAGCAGAUUCCUCUUCCAAGACAACCAACCUCCUGCAUGGCCGAGCCUUUUUCUCCCUCGUGGGAAUUGUGCGGCGCAAACCCGGCCGCGUAGAUGCCCCUCCCACUAUGAGCAAGAGCUGCUCCGAUAAGCUCGCGAUGAAGCAAUGCACUGGUCUCCUCUCCAGCUUCACAGCGUUGCUGGUGAAUCCAACAGCGAACACAUAUCUGAGCAGUUUCGUCCUACCGGCACGGGCUAUGGUGCGUGAAUCAAUCGAGCGCGCUUUCGGGGCUGACGGAAGGAUGAGCGAUAUGGCGAUGUUCUCGAGCGGAGGAUUCCGGUUCCGCCCAUUCGAGGUCACGACUACGACGAGCAGCUUCGCGUGGGAGAAGAGUGAGGAUGCGGUCGCGAGUAAUCUUUCGGCGGUCGCGGUGUUGGGAGGGAGGAUACAGCAUCAGGAAGUCCUGAUCAAUGGGGUAUUGCAGGGUCGCAAGAUUUUUGACCCUCGUGGUGCUAGCUCGUUGAGUCGGAGGAGGAUGUGGGAAUCUGUGCUGGAUGUCGUGUUGAAGGCACAGCUUGUCAAUCUGGAAAUUUCUCCGUGUGCCGACGGUCAGACGUAUGAACAGGUCAAGAAUCAACCUCGACUUUCGGCGAGAGGGCGAAUGAAGGCUGAAGUAAGGGAGAAGGCGCUGGUCGGGUGGUCAAGGAAUAUCGGGGAUGACCAGUGGCUUCUGGAAAGGUGA